AUCAGACACUGACAUCGGGCUGUCAUUAGUAAUCCAACACGAGAUUCAGACAGGAAAUCACACCCCGAUUCAUUGCAAACCUUAUCGCUAUUCCAAGAUUGAACGCAAAAAGGCUCUCGAACGAAUUCGGGAGUUCGAAGCAAGCGGCUGGAUUGAACCCGCUACCGGACCUUGGUCCUUUCCCGUAGUGUUAGUACAAAAGAGGAACGGAGCGAUUCGCAUCUGCAUUGAUUACCGCAAGCUGAAUGAAAUCACGAUUAAAGACGUACAUCCCCUCCCCCGGAUUGAUGAUAUGUUGGAUGCGAUUGGGUGCGCUAAAUAUUUGAGCAAGUUUGAUAUUCGGCAUGGCUUCCAUCAUAUCCUAGUAAGGGAAGAAGAUCGGCCGAAAACGGCCUUCGUACUAUUUGAGGGUACGUGGCAGUGGAUUCGAUGUCCGAUGGGGAUUUGCAAUGCGUCUGCCACAUUUCAGCGGGCGAUGAACAUGACGUUCCAGAACUUCGUCAACAAGACACGGCUGACGCAAGGAAUGAUUAACUUCUUCGUGAUCGUUUACAUGGACGACAUCCUGGUCUAUUCAGGAACCUAUCACGGACACGCGCAACACAUCGAAUGGACAUUGGGUGCAUUGAGAGACGCUGGGUUCAAGAUUGCGCUUGAAAAGAGCGAAUUUUUCCUCUCGGAAGUCUCGUUCUUGGGCUAUGUCGUGACACGUGGAGGAUUGCGGCGAGAUUCGAGAAAAGUCGGGGCGGUGAAGGAAGCUCCGGUUCCUACGUCACUAACGCAGGUUCUAGCCUUCUUGGGACUAGCAUCGUACUACCGGUGUUUCAUUAGGGGUUUUGCCGCGAUUGCACGACCACUAACGAACCUGUUACGAAAGGACCAGCCUCUUGGCUGGGACGCGGAGUGUCAACAGGCCUUUGCAACCCUCAAGGACGCUCUGGCAACAACCCCUAUUUUGAUUCGACCUGACCCCUCGAAGCAGUUCAUUCUCAUCACGGACUGGCAGCCGGAAGCUAUUUUCGCUAUUUUAGCGCAGAAGGGGAACGAUGGUCGCGAACACGUCAUCGAGUACACGUCACGAACCGUACCGGACGAACGGAAAAACGACUCCGCACCUCAGGGUGAGUGUUAUGUGGUAGUUUGGGGAAUCCAACACUUCCAUCCGUAUCUCUACGGACAGAAGUUUCGCCUUGUAACGGAUCAUGAGCCUCUGCUGGCGCUGAAGAAACUCACCAACUACACAGGCAUGAUUGGUCGUUGGGCGGUGCGGCUACAAGAAUACAACUUCGAUAUCGUCCAUCGAAAGACAGAGUGGCACGGCAACGCGGACGGGCUGACACGUCUGCAUCGAUCUGACAAGUCAGAUAUCCAUCCUUUCCUCUCCUACUGUCUAAAGCCCCUCGCUGUCCCCGAUAUCCAUCCUCCUCAUUGGGUCCUGUGGCGUGAAGACUUCAUUGAGCUUUCGCUGUGUCUAGUGGAAGUACGGCUGACGUGGACCGAGGACGAAGCACACCCGCCUUGCAUAGAGCGCUUGGAGUUGCUGUUCAUCCAGGCCUGGCGAACCAACGUGGAGGGAGAGCUUCUCGCGUUUCUAUUUGGUACGGUGCGACCCGGUCAUCAGGACCUCAUCACGAAAGAGCUCAGGAUCCGGGUAGCACAGCUGGCGGACGAUCUCCUUCUCAACAUUAUCUCGCAAGACGACAAGCAUCCAGUUCCCCACGUGCUUUCUCGCACACGGACGCCUUAUCUUCAGUGGUCAGCUUGUGUAGAGGGGGCCACAGAGCGCAUCCCACCAUCACAGCAACAAUACCUGGAUCCCCGGACGGCUCGCGAUCCUGCCUUCUUCAGACACCCUACGGCGGAGCGGCUUGCGGCCAUUCGAAAAGAGGAAGAAGAGGAAGAGAGUACCGGGAGUGACGAAGGCGAUGACGGACAGGAAGAAGGCGGGAACAGUGACGAAGAACUCGGGGAAAAAGACGAAACCCCCGAAGAAGGAAGCUAUAGCGAGUAUAGCGAGGGGGAACAGAGCGAAGAAGAAGAAGAGAGCGAAGAAGAAGAAGGAGAAGAGGAGCACGACGAAGAGCCGACUGGAUCAGAGUGGGAACCCGUGCCAGAAGAAGCGCUGCGUACAGGUACGGAGGUUGAGGAUCCCGAGGCGGCCAGCAAAAGAGAAGAGAUCGUGGUCGGGAAGAAGGAGUUGGUAUUCGCAAGCGCGGCGAGUCUGCUCACCCUCGACGACCCGAGCCGAGAUCCGGAGCCGCCCCGGCCCGAAGAUGGCGACCUCGUGGCCACGACUCUGACCCCAUCAGUGCGGCGACGGAGCCGAUCCCCCUCCUCCUCAACUCGGCCCCCAGUUCGUCGACGUACCGAUACGGGCGAUCGGUCUUUGUCCCCGAUCACUCUCUCGCCGUCCCCUUGACUACCUCACCCUCCGCCAGCUCACCACCCCCAUCACGUUCCCGACCAAUCC